AUGGCGGAUUUGAACCAGGAGUCGCUGCUCGCGCACAAGCGCACGUUCAUGGAGUUCCUCGACCCCGAGAACCCCAAGUCGCGCUACAUGCAGCGAAUCAACGCCAUGGUGGACGCGGGCAAGCACCGUCUCCUCAUGGACCUCUCGGACCUCCGAUCCUUCGACCCGCACCUCGCGCGCAGGCUCAUCCGCACGCCAGGGGAGCUCUAUCCUGCAUUAGUCAGUGCAGUGGAGGACGCAGUGAAGCUGGCGCACCCCAAGCACCUGCUUGAGUCCGCAGCCACGGGCGUGGGGGGCGGUGAAGUGAGCGUGGGGUUUGAGGGGCCGUUCGGGUUCCACCAGGUGUCCCCCCGCGAGCUGCUCUCGCCCUUCCUCAACUCGCUCGUCUGCGUGCACGGCAUCGUCACCAAGUGCUCCUCUGUGCGCCCCAAGGUAGUGCGCAGUGUGCACUACUGCCCGGCCACGGGGGCUUUCUCAUCUCGGGAGUACCGAGACGUCACUGCACUCACUGGCCUGCCCACCCCCGCCAUCUACCCCACCAAGGACGACAAGGGCAACAUCCUCGUUACAGAAUUCGGACUGUGCCGCUACCGCGAUCACCAAGCCAUGGCGAUGCAGGAGAUGCCAGAGAACGCCCCGGCAGGGCAGCUGCCACGGUCGCUGGAUGUGCUACUGGAGGACGACCUGGUGGAUGCCUGCAAGCCGGGGGACAGAGUAGCAAUAGUGGGCAUCUACAAGGCUGCUCCCAUGCGCGCCAGUGGCACCAUCAGCGGCACCUUCCGAACCGUUCUUGUAGCGUGCAAUGUGAUGCAGUUGAGCAAGGAUGCUGUAGCCCCCCGCAUGACAGCAGCAGACGUGAGGGCAGUGAGGGCGCUGGCAGCACGGUCAGACGCGUGGGGGGUGGUGGGGGAGUCCCUGGCGCCCUCCAUCUGUGGGCACGCGUGGGUCAAGAAGGCCCUGGCGCUGCUGCUGCUGGGGGGUGUCGAGAAGAACCUUCCAAAUGGCACGCACAUAAGAGGCGACGUGAGCAUGCUAAUGAUGGGCGAUCCCUCAGUGGCCAAGUCUUGCUUUGCCCUCUCCCCUGCUAAUCCCUCCUUUAACCGCGCAUGCAGCGACAUCAACAUACUCAUGAUGAGCGAUCCCUCGGUUGCCAAGUCACAGCUGCUCGGUGUGGCCUUGCUUGCACAUGGACCCAACACCCCCUCCCCUUCCCCCUCCCUCUCUCCCCACUCACAGCGACAUCAACAUGCUCAUGAUGGGCGACCCCUCGGUCGCCAAGUCACAGCUUCUUGGUAUUGCCAUGUCACACAUGCAUACACACACACCGCUUACUCCCAUCCCCCUCACAGCGACAUCAACAUGCUAAUGAUGGGCGAUCCCUCGGUCGCCAAGUCGCAGUUUCUUCGAGCCGUCAUGCACGCAGCCCCCCUCGCCAUCUCCACCAAUGGGAGGGGCUCUUCAGGCGUGGGUCUCACUGCCGCUGUUACCACCGACCAAGAGACAGGAGAAAGGAGGCUGGAAGCAGGAGCCAUGGUGCUAGCAGACAGGGGCGUGGUGUGCAUUGAUGAGUUUGACAAGAUGAGCGAUGCCGACCGCGUUGCCAUCCAUGAGGUGAUGGAGCAGCAGACAGUCACGAUCGCCAAGGCUGGGAUUCAUGCCUCACUCAACGCUCGCUGCAGCGUUGUUGCUGCAGCCAAUCCCAUCUACGGAUCUUACGACCACUCCAUAUCCCCCAUGCGCAACAUAGGCCUGCCCGACUCGCUGCUCUCCCGAUUCGAUCUGCUCUUCAUCCUCGUGGACCAGAUGGACGCUGACGUGGACACCCGCAUAGCCAAUCACGUGCUCCGAAUGCAUCGCUACCGCCUCCCAGGCGACGACGGCACACUUGCCCCAGGGGAUAUACCCAUGGCAGCAGCACAGGGAGAUGAGGAGGAUGAGGAGGAAGAAGUGGGGGACGCGGACGGUCCAGAUGCUUCCGCUGCUGCAAUAGACGGUGAAGAUGACGCCACUCCGGCCACUAACCGGCCUAGGACCAGGAGUGGGGGUAGAGGAGGGGAUGGGGGUGGUGGGGGUGGGGGAAGGGCAGGGGGCAGCAGUGGUGCAGCUGAUUUGGCGGCAAACUUAGUUAAGUACGAUCGCUUACUGCACGGGGAGAGGAAGGCUGGGGAGCCUAUAAGGAAGAUACUUAAGAAGCGGUUUUUGAAGAAGUUCUUUCAUUUUGCCCGCGGCCGCACCCCCGUGCUCUCGAAUCGGGCAGCAGAGAAGAUAGCACAGGCUUAUGCGGAUAUGAGGGCUCAGGGCAUGGACGCGAGGAGGAGGGCGGAUCAAGGCACUCUCCCUGUGACGGCUCGCUCGCUCGAGACCAUGAUCCGCCUGUCCACAGCACACGCUAAGCUGAAGCUGCGGCGCGAGGUGUUGGAAUCAGACGUGGCAGCUGCGUUAAGCCUCCUUGACUUUGCGCUGUACCACCGCGAGCUGGACGAGACGGACAAGCGGAUGGAGGAGGAGAGGCAGCGCGUGGAGCAGCAACGGAAAGAAGCUGCUGCUGCCGCCGCCGCCGCCGCUGCUGCUGCCGCUGCGACUGCUUCUGGUGAUGGUGCUGCUGAUGGGACCGAGGCUGGUGCUGCUGGUGCUGCUGAUGGUGUGGGUGCAGCUGCAGCAGCAUCAGCUGGGGGACGGACAAGGAGACGAGGCGGGCGCAAGACAAGGUCCCGUGGAAAGAGGCAACGCAGGGAUUCUCAGGCGGAAGGGAGCGAGGAAGAGGAAGAAUAUGUGGAGGAGGAAGGAGAGGAGGAGGAGGAGGAUGAGGAGGAGGAGGAGAUUGAGAUGGAGGAAGCACCUGCUGAUGGGGUGCCACACCUGGGUGAUCCGGCACCUGCUUCUGCUGCCGAUGGGGCCUUCACUGCUGAAAGGUUUGAUGCAUUCCAGCUGGCGUUUAGUGAGCAUGCAGUGGCAGCACGGAUUGAGUCGAUAGCAGUGGAGGAGCUGAUUGAGGUGGUCAACAAGCGGUGGCCGGGGAAGAGCUUCACUCGGGCUGAAAUCGAUGCGAUGCUGGAGCAAAUGGAGGUCAAUAACCGAGUCAUGGUUGCAAGCGGCAUUGUGCACCUCAUAUAG